GACAAGGCUAUCCUCUUCCUGACCGACGUGUUCGGCCUCCCACUGGUCAACAACAAGCUCUUGGCUGAUGACUUUGCGCGCAACGGCUUCAAGACGUACGUGCCGGAUCUGUUCGCCGGUGACUCCGUCAACCCCGAUGCAAUGACCACCGGCACAUUCAACCGCGAGGAGUGGUCCCCGAACCACACCCAGGAGAAAACGCGCCCCAUCAUCGACAAGCUGAUGACCGCGCUCGAGGCGCAGGGCGUGACCAGGUUCGCCGCGGUCGGGUACUGCUUCGGCGGGCGGUACGUGUUCGACCUUGCGUUCGACCACAAGAUCGCCGCGGCCGCUGUCGCGCACCCAUCACGGCUACAAACGCCUGCCGAUCUCGAGAAAUACGCCGCGACUGCGACGGCCCCGUUGCUGAUCAACAGCUGCACGGUCGACAAGCAGUUCCCCGUCGAGGCCGCAAUCCAGGCCGACGAGAUCCUGAAGGGCUUCGCGCCGGGCUACAAGCGCGAGCACUUCGAGGGCUGCACGCACGGUUUCGCUGUCCGCGGCGACAUGUCGAUCCCGGCAGUCAAGGCGGGCAAAG